CUUCUCAGCUCUGUUUCACUGCGGGGUUGUCCACAGCUGCAUCUCUCGUCCAGUGUAUGUGAUCCGAUACACGUAGUCUCGGAGCUUGAUAAUACUCUUCCGAUGUCGUGCAAUGGUUAUUUAACAGUUCGCCCGUCUGCGUACGUGUUCGUUGACGAUGGCUGAAGCUUUGUAUUCCAUCUCAAACCCGCCAAAAUGUGGUCGUCCUCGCUCGCAAUUCUAGCCUUCGUGCUGCUCUCUUCUUUCACCGUGGCAGCCUACACUGCCAUCCCAUCGGACAUCCUCUCCGAACUAACACCCAGGCUCUCACCGACUGCCAAGAUCUUGCUGCCUUCGUCGUCUCUUUGGCCGAGCGCAUCAAAGCGUUGGAAUGAACUCUCCCGCCCGAGCUAUUCCGCCAUCAUCCAAGUCGCCGAGGAACGCGACAUCGCCGAAUCGGUAAAGUACGCCAACCAGCACCAAAUCCCCUUCUUUGCCUUCUCCCAAACCCACGGUUCGGAUUAUGGCCUGGGACGUUUCCACGGUAUUGGCAUCUCCCUAUCGUCCCUCAAUCGCAAGAUCGACCUCGAUAAGUCGGGCAGAUGGGCGACGAUCGGAGGGGGGAUGAAGUCAAAAGAUGUUCUUGACUACCUUUGGAAGAGGGGCAAACAGACUGGCACUGGUGGCUGUGGAUGCGUCGGUGCGGUCAGCCCUGCGCUCGGCGGAGGCCAUAACUGGUUUCAAGGCCAGUAUGGCCUGAUGGCCGAUCAGGUGCUGGAGUUGAGGGUCGUCCUUGCGGAUGGGGAGGUGGUGGUUGUGAAUGACAAAAAACACAAAGAGCUGUUCUGGGGGAUGAGGGGCGCUGGUCACAACUUUGGCAUUGUGAGUGAAAUGAAGUACAGGGUUUAUGAUGUCAAGGAGCCGAAAUGGAGCAUCGAGACUUUUACGUUCAAGAGUGAGAGGUUGGAGGAGAUAUACAAGUACGCAAACAAGAAGCUUGAUGGGAAGGGGGAUCCGAGGUUGCUGAUGUGGGGGACUUGGUUCUUUAACCCGGCCGUGGACGCAGAGAAGCCGAUAGUGCAGUUCCAGUGGAUCUACAACGGCCCUUUUUCCGAGCUCAAAAAGCUUUCCAAGGACACUCACGACCUCAAGCCGGACGCAUACUCCUCUGCGGAAGUUGAUUACCCCGAGCUAAGCCCGAGCUUGGGAUACGCGGCUGACCAGUAUGCAUGCCAAACCGACGGACAAGGAAACCGUCUGUUGAGAGGGAUAGAUGUGGACCAGUAUGAUGUGAAAUCCCUGCGGAAGUGGUAUGAUGCGUUCGCCGCCACACUCAUGACAGAGCCCGCCUUUCAAACCAGCUUCUGUAUCCUGGAGGGAUACUCGACGCAAGCUGUCCAGGCUGUUCCUGACAAGAGCACGGCAUUUGCUCUUCGAGGGGAGAGAUUGCUUUUUGCACCGGCGAUAUUCUGGCAAAAGGGCAAUGCCACCCUUGACGAAAAGGCCAAGAAAUGGUCCCGAGAGAUGUACUUGGCGGCAUCCGGCUCGAGCAAAAAGAAGACUUACGUCAACUAUGCCCAUGGUGAUGAGCCUGUUCAGGCUCUUUACGGAUAUGAGCCUUGGAGGCUGAAGAAGCUCAAGCAACUCAAGCAAAAGUACGAUCCUUUUGGACACUUUGCAUUUUUUAAUCCUGUGAGUCCUAUCGGGAAAAGGCAUGGUGAUAUAUAA